AUGCAGGCCGCCAACAAGCUCAAGUCUGUCUUCACCAGGGGCGCUGGCGCCAGCUUGGGCGUCUGGCAGAUGAUUCCCAAUGCCAACGUCUCUCGUGCCCUCGCCAAGAGUCCCGGCGUCGACUGGGUCAUGUACACAGAUCGGGCCAUGCACGAUGCCGUCCCUGCCAUUGCCGCCGCCGGUGUCUCUCCCAUUGUCCGAAUCCCCGACAUUCAGGCUUCUCUCGUGAAGCGCGCCCUUGAUUGCGGCGCCCACGGCGUACGGCCGCCCCCUUUCGACUUCCAGACGCCGACUCUGCUGACACGACGACAGGUCCUCGUGCCCCUCCUGCGCACCGCCCAAGAGGCCAAAGAUCUGGUCCAGGCCGCCAAGUUCCCGCCGUGGGGCCGCCGCGGCUUCGGCUCGCCCUUUGCCAUGGAGCGCUUCGCCUCGGCCCCCAGCAUGACCGAGUACCUGCAGCAGGCCAACGGCAGCCUCCUGACCAUGGUGCAGAUCGAGACGCAGGAGGCCCUCGACGCUGUGGACGACAUUGCCGCCGUCGAGGGCAUCGAUGUUCUUUUCGUGGGGCCCUUUGACCUAGCCAACAAUAUCGGCCACCCCGUCAUCGACGGUGUCAUGAAACCCGAGCUGCACAAGGCCAUUACGCGCGUCUUGGAGGCCACCCACAAGGCGGGCAAGAAGGCGGGCAUCUUCUGCACGUCGGGCGCGCAGGGCAAGCAGUAUGCCGAGCAAGGCUUCGACAUGAUCAGCGUGACGACCGACUUUACCAUUUUGCAGCAUGCCGUGGCCGACGCCGUCAGCAUUGCGCGCGAUGGGCCGAGGCCGGCCAAGGGCACGUCGUACUGA